UAUUUUUCUGCUUUGAAAACAUUAAGACUUAAGUAUCUCACCAAUAAUUGCUGCUAUGUGAAAGCAUACACAUGAAUAAUUAAUACACUGUCUUCUUGUUUAUUUUUGUUGUAAAACUGUCAUUUUUAGGGGAAGAAGACAGUUUUCACAGUACCAAUCUGCUUAAUCGAACGAAACUGUAUAUAGUUUAUUAAGAACUGAAUGGAUAUAUUUAAAUUAUGCCACGAAUAUUUUUGAAGUAAAAUUCUUAUCCGCUGUAAAUAAUAUUGUGUUUAGUAAGACGCCUAUUUAUUAAUUAAAUAUUCUAAAAGAAACUAUAAAACUCUUUUGGCAUUUAAAAAUGACUGAUAUGGAUCUAUAUGGCCCUCCAUUGCCACCAGGAUAUGUUAAACCUUCUGAUGAUGGCAUUGAUUCAACAAAUUAUAUAUCAAAGUCUUCAGAACUUCCUAUUGCUAGUGAAAAAAAGGAUAGACUAUCAGCCCCUAUGAUUGGACCUGCACUGCCAGAACAUUUACAGCAAGGGAAUCGACAAGAUGAUUCAUCUUUGUUUGAAAUGUGUGGACCAUCUCUUGAUGAAUUUGGAACUGAAAUUGAUGCUGCAGAUGAUAGAAAAGCUGAUAUCAUUAAAAAAGCUCAAAAAAUGAAGCAUAAACUGGAUAAUAAAAAUGUUGAGAUGCACAAAGUAGAACGAGAAGAAUGGAUGAUUGUGCCUAAUACCUCCCAAAAAAAUCAAUUAGGAGCAAUCUCUAGGUGCUUAGCGCCUCCUUCAAAGGAGAAGAAACGUGAGCAUGUUAAACAUUCUGAAAAGGACAAGAAAACAUCAGAAGAGCUUAAAAAAUAUAAUAAAUCUAGGCGAGCAGAAUCUUUAAUGGAUAUGCAUGCAAAGAAAUUGAAAAACAAGGAAAAAUCUGAAAAAUCUAAAAGAAAAGAAGAAAGGAAAGCGUUUGACCGUGACGAAAUGGAUGUUCGACAUUUCACGAAGCAACAAGUGAACUCUGUUAUUGAUAAAGCAAAAUUCCUCAAUUCACGAUUUGCCUCAUCAUCUGUUGAUAAAUAUCUGUAGUAUGGUCACAUUUUUGCUCCUUAUGUGUUUUUUAUAAUUUAAAACAAGUCAAAGUUUUGUUGUACCAUGUAUUAUAGAAGGCAAGCUCUGCCGAGAAAAUUUCGUAUUUGAUUUACAGUUAAUGUGCUUUUUUUUUUAUACAUAUCUGUUUAUAAAUAGAAACUGUAUAUGUUUAAUUCAUGAAAUAAAAGGUAUUAACAAUGUAAA